UCGCAUGUUUUCCCUUGGAGUUCCUCCCCCUGCGGCGUUGGGCGGAGUUUCAUACCGAAACAGACGCUUCUUUUGUCGGAUCCGUUUCAACCUGACUCCCUGAGGUUUACGGCUGAAAAAUAGACACUUAAACAGCCCUAAAAUAAUUAACACGAAUACCUUGAUUUUUAGUAUCAACGCUGGUUUCUAACUGUCACGAAAGAAUCUCUAGGAAUCGGGUCAGUUGAGCUGCCCACAGACGCUGCACCAUGAACGGCAGCAGCAGUGUGCCCUCUGCCUCCCAGACCAUUCAGAUAAAAACUGAGCCAGUUUGUCUGUUUUAGUUGUGGAUGCAUGGAGUAAGGAGGACUGCCUCACUCUUUUGGAGAGGAUUCAGAGCUUGUUGCCUGAUGGUGAUGCCAUGAAAUACAAAACCACCGAGUCCCACUUUGACUGGGAGAAGGUCUGCUUCGGAGACUUUACUGGUGACAUGUGCAAACAGAAGUGGGCGAAGGUGUCUACUGAGGUGCGGAAGUUCAGGACUAUGACAGAGCUCAUAGUUGACGUCAUUGAGUUUGUGAAGAACCCUUACAAAGGGAAGAAAUUGAAGACACACCCAGAAUUCCCAAAGAAACCACUUACACCGUAUUUCCGGUUCUUUAUGGAGAAGCGAGCUAAGUAUGCCAAGAUCCACCCGGAGAUGAGCAACCUUGACCUCACCAAGAUUCUGUCCAAGAAAUACAAGGAGCUCCCAGACAAGAAAAAGCAAAAGUACAUCACAGAGUUUCAGCGAGAGAAGGAGUCAUUUGAGAAGAAUAUGGCCCGAUUCAAAGAGGACCACCCGGAGUUGAUAGAGGAGAGAAAGAAGUCGGACCUUCCUGAGAAGCCCAAGACGCCCCAGCAGCUGUGGUACAACCAUGAGAAGAAGACCUACAUGAAGCUCCACCCUGAUGUGAGCCAAAAGGAGCUGAAGGAGGCUCUGAGGAGACAGUGGUCCCAGCUCUCAGACAAGAAGAGACUAAAAUGGAUCAGCAAGGCCCUGGAGCUGCAGAAAGACUAUGCGGGCAGUAUGAAAGUCUACCAAGAGGCCCAUCCAGAUGCUGAAGAGCACGUCAAGUCCGUCCUCACCAAAGCCGAGCGGCAGCUCAAGGACAAGUUUGACGGCAGGCCAACCAAACCACCGCCGAACGGUUACUCCCUAUACUGUGCCGAGCUGAUGGUGAACAUGAAGGAUGUUCCCAGUACGGAGCGUAUGGUGCUGUGCAGUAAGCAGUGGAAGGUGAUGACGCAGAAGGAGAAGGACAUGUUUCAGAAACGCUGUGAGCAGAAAAAGAAGCAGUAUGAAAUUGACCUACAGAGGUUUCUAGAGAGUCUCCCAGAGGAGGAGAGGGACCGCGUGAUGACGGAGGAGAAGCUGGGGGGCUCGCGGCUGGGCAUAGGGGCUGCUGGCAGCCCGCAUGGAGCCAAGUCCCCCUCCGCCAAGGUGGGUCUCACAAAACUACAACAGGAGCGCUGUCGCGAAGCUGAGCUGGAGCACUGGGUGCACGCUGGCCUGACGGCGAAAGAGAAGCGUGACGGCAAGAAGAGGACCAAAAUCCCUGAGACGCCCAAGACUGCCGAGGAGAUGUGGCAACACAGCGUCAUAGGAGACUACCUGGCCAAGUACAGGAGUGACCGCAAGAAGGCCCAGAGUGCCAUGGAGUCGGCUUGGAAGGCCAUGGAGAAGAAGGAGAAGAUCCCGUGGAUCAAGAAGGCGGCCGAUGACCAGAAGCGAUACGAGGUUCAGUACCGGCCCGUGAGGGAAUUGUUGGAGUCUAGAAUGCCCCAGUCAGGAGCAGGCCAGAGGAAACCCAAGUUUGAAGGGGAGCCCAAGAAGCCACCAGUGAGCGGCUACCAGAUGUUCUCCCAGGAGCUGCUGACCAACGGCGAGCUAAACCACUUCAGCCUGAAGGAGCGAAUGGUGGAGAUUGGCAAGCGCUGGCACAAACUCAGCCAGAGCCACAAGGACAAGUACAAGAAGCUGGUGGAGGAGCUGCAGAUUGAGUACAAGGCUGAGCUGGAGGCCUGGGUCAAGUCUCUCUCUCCCCAGGAGCGAGCUGUUUAUAAAGAGUUCUCCACCACAAAACGGCGGAGCACCACCAAGGCGCGGGGCGCCCAGGGGGCCAAGGUGUGUUUGAUGGCGACAGUGAAGGGGAAGGUAGUAGGUGCCAGAGCCGCAGCAGAGGUCGGAGAGGGCAAGCGGGCCAUGGCGUACCGGGCCAAGCAGGAUACAUCCGAUUCAGACGAGGAUGAUAAGACGGACUCGUCAGACUCUGAUGAUGAAGAAUCGUCUGGCAGCUCCGACAGCGAAGAUGAGAAUGACGACGACCCAUCCGAGGGCUCCAGCAGCUCUUCCUCAGAGGACAGCAGUGACUCGGACUCAGAUUAGCCACCCCCCCAAAUAGGAGGGGCUGUGCGGGACACACCUCCUCGCGAGUCAGGCACAGUUACAGCAGCGUCAUCAAAUCGCUCACACAUUGGCUGCUCCCACCUCUUUCUCACAAGGAGAAAUGAGACUGGAGAAAGCGAGACGAAAUAAAGGGACGAAUGGAAAAGUCAUGCUCCCCCUGUUGUUGACCUGGAGCACUUUUAUUCAACUGGGACGAGAUCUUUUACAGGGGCUGUUAUGCGUUCAAUGCCUUUCUAGGUGUUUAUUAUGAACUUGUUGCAACUUUUUUUUUUUUUUUUAAACCUAAGGAAAUUUCUAAUUAAAGCGGCUGAGGCUUUUUUUAUGUUUUUGAACAAGACUGGUUUCUACAGAGUUUUUGACUGGGAGGGGCAUAUUGAGGAGUUGUUUUUUGUCCUAACAGUCUGUGCAGAGGGAGGACUGUUGCUGCUUUCCCUCCAUUGAAACCCUCUAAAAUAAAAUGCACUUUUUUCUUGUGAA